GUUUUUAGCUACAAUAACCCACUAUGAAGCUGUUUUCUCUUCAAAUACUCUUCCGGACUAAUGAUCAGUGUAAACUUCUCUACGCUUCCCAUGAUUUGUCCACAUUCCGUUAUUUUCAACGGAGCACCGUCCAAGAAUUUAUGGUUUUCACCGCCAAGCUGAUGUCCGAAAAAACUAACCCAGGCGAACGUGGCCUCGUCAAGGAGCAAGAUUAUAUCUGCCACAUUUUCGUCCGAUGGGACAAUCUUUGUGGCGUUCUCAUUUCCGAUCAAGAAUAUCCGCAGCGAGUGGCACAGACAUUGUUAACAAAAGCUACCGACGAUUUCGCUGCCGAAGUCCCUGCUAACACUUGGCAAACCUUACAAGAAGGAUCGGUGGCUUGCAAGAAAUUAGAUGAGCUCCUACAUCGAUAUCAGAAUCCCGCGGAGGCUGAUAGCAUGAUGCGCUUGCACAGCGAGCUAGAUGAGACGAAGGUGAUCUUGCACAACACACUCGAGUCUCUUCUGAGUAGAGGCGAAAAACUGGAUGAUCUUGUGCAGCGCUCUGAAGGUCUCAGUUUGCAAUCAAAAAUGUUCUACACCACGGCCAAAAAGACAAACAAGUGCUGCACGUUGCUGUAGCGCUGUUGAAGAGUGGCCGCCGACAUGCCGCUCAGUACUCCUUCCUCACUUUGCUUUUACUGAGAUAUUCAUGCGCGGACGCCGACAGACGUUUUAAUACAAUUAUCUACGCGCUCCUGUCGCAGAGUUUGUUGUCCGCUCAGGUCAGUGAUCCAGCAGCAUCGACAGUCUUUGGAUGUGUUCAAUCAGCAUCUACUUGUAUCAAUCAUUGUUGCCGUGGAGGAGGACUUCUUUUGAUUUUCACCCCAAUCCUCAUGUCCCUAAUUUGUAACGUCAGUGCUUCCGUCCCAUAUGUGGAUGUUUCUUAAGCAAAUCCCGUACAGCAUUGUCGGAAUCAUGUCUGCCAACAAUGAUUUCUUGUGACAACCUCCGGCUUCUGAGCACCGCAAUCCAAGUCCAACUUUGAGCUUUUGUUUACUCAGGGGUUGGUGAAAAGCUUCAUUUAUUCCAUGUAUCGAGAACUAUGGUCUAAGUCAAACCUUCUUCAGUUCGCUUUUAAUUCCAAUGAAAACUGAAAACAGAUACGAGUCAAAAAAUAUCAUAACGGC